UCUCCUUUCGCCGACGCUUCGUACAAUGUCCUACGUAAUCUUCGGGCGUGCAAUUAAGAACGAGUACCUCUCACUGGGUACUAUCAUCGGCACCGCCGCAAUUGCCUACGCGUCAAUGGGUGGCAGCAAAAAGCAACCUGCUCCAUCAGGUGGAAAUGUGCAAGAAUCUAUCCAGAAGGUGAAGGAUGCCGUUCCUCUAAAUGCUGGCUCAAGUGAAGAAGAACAAUUUAUCAAAAACUUCAUUGCAGAGGAGGAAAAGAAAGCGGCGCAUCAUUGAGACUGGACACUUCGUCAGAGUAUUAGUGCUCCUUUGGUCGAACCUGGUGUAGACUGCAUAUUUGCACACGUUACAGCUCAAAUGCACAAUUAGACCUUU